GAAAUGCAUGCACUCAUAUAGAUAGUAGGCCAUACAGUCUCAUUUAUUAUCCAUGUAAACAUUCGGAGUAACAAGACAUGUCUUACGAGAGAAAUAAAUUAUUACUCUUCCAUAACUUCCUUCGACUUCUUCUUCCACUGGCACAGAGGGCAGAGGAAGAAAAUCAACAACUGUUUCCUCUUUGUUUUAGGAGGAGGAGGAGGCGGACUCAACGUAGAUUUUGGUGCAGGCCAUGGCUCAUCAGAAGAACUUUGUUUGGACAAUAUGACCAACUCCUGCAUGAGCUUAACCGGGAAGAUGCGUCUGGUUACAGAAACUUUUUAAGAGUUGAUGCAGACUUGUUUGGGGAGAUACUUGACAGAAUUACCCCUGCAAUCAGAAAAAGCUCUACCUCUUUCAGGGAACCACUUGAACCAGGACUGAAGUUAGCCGUUACACUCAGACAUUUGGCUACCGGUUCCACGUAUGCUGAUCUUAUGUAUGCCUUUCGUGUUGCCCGGAACUCCAUAUCACUCUUUGUGCCUAAAGUCUGCGAAGCAAUUUACUUAGCAUACAAAGAUGAAGUCAUGCCGGAUGAGAUUACGACGGAAGAUUGGAUGCGUAUAGCAUCUGACUUUGAAAGAAUAUGGAACCUCCCACACGCUUGUGGUGCUUUGGAUGGGAAGCACAUUAGAAUAAGAAAACCGCCUAACUCGGGGUCGUUAUUUUUUAACUACAAACAUUUCUUCUCUACAGUGAUGAUGGCUCUAGUUGAUGCAGAUUAUAAGUUUAUUUGGCUGAGUGUGGGCUCAUACGGAAGUGCAUCUGAUAGCCAGAUAUUUAGGGACUCGGAACUACGACCAAUGUUAGAAGAUGGAACUUUGGAUCUUCCGCCUCCCUCCCCUCUUCCAAAUGGUGAAACAGAUAUUCCUUAUUUUCUUAUUGGCGAUGACGCAUUUCCUCUCCGAUCAUGGAUGAUGAAACCCUAUUCAAGAAAACGUUUAGACCACGAUGAGCGCAUCUUUAACUAUAGGUUGUCCCGUGCACGUAGAAUUGUGGAGAAUGCUUUUGGCAUUCUUGCCAUGAGAUUUCAGAUUUUGAUUGGAACUAUGCAACAACUGCCAGAAACAGUAGAUUUAAUCGUACUGUCUUGUACUACUCUUCAUAACUUACUUCGGAUAAGGAAACGUGCUGAUCUACAACUGUUUGCUGACGAAGAAGACAACAAUCAUAAUUUAAUAGAGGGACAAUGGCGACAAGGUGCGCAACUUACCGACGGAGACCCAGGGUAUCAGAGAAAUUUUGGUAACGCUGCUGGAAUUGAUCAAAGGAACUAUCUUAAAAAUUACUUCAACUCGGAAGCAGGCGCCGUAGAUUGGCAAGAGAACAUGAUUUGACUGGUUCAGAAACAUUGAUUGUUUUGAAUGCAUCAGUAUUGUGUUAAUUGAUGUAAUGUUUAAAAAUAAAAAUUUAGAUAUA